GCCAGCUGUGGUCUAGAAGCGCUUCCGCUCGACUCGUCCGCGGCACUGCAGUGUCUCGAGCUUAGCUCGAGAAGUCUGACCUUCUCGAGCGUCAAGCCAGGGCUGUGACCUCUCCGAACACCCAUCGACACGUCCGGUGGCCGCCGGCGAGCCUGUCGCGAAGCGAAUCUGCGUCAAGGUUGUUUAGUUUGGCGCGCAUCGAAACACAAGAAACCGAGCAUCUUCUGCAGACGGUCAAGAUGGCGCCUUUCCCCGAAGAAGUCGAUGUGUUUUCGGUGCCGCAUUCGAGGAUGAAGCGGCUCGUCGAAGUGUACAACGAGAAGCUGGGCUGCACGGACUUCGCCGACUACGGCGCUCUGGAGUCGCUCUUGCACGAGUUGUACCAGACGUUCCGCGAGUUCCGGUGCCACGAGCAGAUCGAGAACCAGCUCAUCAUGACCAAGUUGAAGAAAAAGCUGAAGGCACUUUCUAUUCACGAUUCGGCCGUCUGCAACUGCCACAGCGACAACCGUCUGUCAGAUAUGCUGGCGUUGGUUCGUGACGGCUACUCUUGCACCAACAAGUCGGCAACGGAACGAGUCAACUAUGGCCUGAAGCUUCAGCAUGCUCUCAUUGAGUUCACCGAGAAAUUCUUGCCGCACAUGAAAGAAGAAGAGGAGGUCUUUCAGCCCAUGCUGAUACAGUACUUUGGCUAUGAAGAGCUCAAGUUGCUGAAGGAGCGAGUGAUUCGAGAGCACACCAAGUGGCAGCAGCAGUGCUCACAGGAGAAAUGCCACGUGGAACUCGAGAACAUCGACCAGAAAGCGGACACUGAUGAAGAGGAAACUGACGAUCUCCCGUCCUGGGCUGACAUGCCUCAGGAAAUCUUGUUUGACAUCUUUUCACGCUUGAACGCCCGAGACCGCUCGGUCUGCGGCGGGGUUUGCAAGAGCUGGUACAGCAUCUCUCGGGAGCCGGCCCUCUGGAAGGACCUGAUGCCCGUCCACUGGGCUCUUGGAUUAUGGGACCACGUACCACUGUGGCCAGACUCUUAUUACGAAAGCAAGCACAGCAAAGAGCAUGCUGAUGAAGAUGCAGAUUUUGACGAAUCUGGCGGGAGCUCCUCGGACGAGGACUCGCCUUCGAGUUCAUCCGCAGACACCUUGAGGCGGGAGGCGAAUGUGCUGAACUGUCUGGUCAAGCACCUGCUGCCCAUCGUCGGCAGCGGAGUCCGAAAAGUUGUACUUGCGACUUCUCAUGCCCUCAACAGCCGCUUGUUAAGAUCCAUUCUGAAGCUUUGUCCCAAGGUUUCCCACCUGGACAUUUCUUACACCGACACUGGGGACACGGCUUUCAAAGGGCUCGAAGAGAAUGGCGCCUGCUCCCAGCUCGAACACAUUGACCUGUCUGGUUGCUCAUGGCUGACAGACGUUGGCCUCUCCCGGCUGGCACGGUGUCUUCUCCAGCGGCGGAGAGCAUUGGUGGACGGAUGCUUCGCAAGUUGUGACCGGUACAGCACCAGUUCGCCUUCCUCAUCAAAUCUGUCCUGGAACUCCCUGGAUGCGUGGGAUGACCGUGCUGCAGAUGUGAAUCAGCGAGCCCCCGUCGUUGUUCAUGGCAGGAGCCGAUUUUGUGAUGCUUGUCCAUUCCGGAGCCAUUGCAGUGGUGUCGUUAACGUCUUGUCGGAGUUGGACCUCUCCGAUUCUGGGGCAGUGUCGUAUUACGCAUCAGCAAAGCAGGGUCUGACACAGGAAGGUUCAAGCGGCGUUGGAGGAUUGAGACACCUGAAUCUUUCAGGGUGCUUCGGCAUCACAGACAGUGGGCUCCUAUUCCUGGCCAACUGGGACCUGCUCAGUCACCUCGAGUACCUUGACGUUUCCGGAUGUUUCCAGCUGACUGGCGAAGGCCUGAGGGAACUCAUGUUGGGCACCCCACGUCUGCAGCCCAAGAAUCUCUUCUACUGCGAUUACGUCGACAAUGGCCCGUUUCAGGACUCGGCGAAUGGCUGCCAGAACUUGCAAUGCUUUUCGCGAGCCUGCUGUCAAUCGGGAGAGUAGCCUACUGCAAAGCACUUCACCGGAAACAAUCAUCUGUCGUAGCCAAAGCUUUAUAUGUUAUGUGGAAAACCUGAAAAUUGGCCGAUGUGGCGUAAUUUUGAAAUGGCACUGUGCAGGUAGGCGAGGGUGUUGAACAACUUGGAGAGCUUUAAAAGAGUGGCAAAGUGGGUGAGUAUUCAUAUGUAUGCUCCAAAAGAUGCGUGCAAAACAAAAUGUGUGUUAGAAAUAAAAUACGGACAUUGCACAUGUGCUGACUGGCAGCUGAGCAUAGAAACAAUAUUGUUUGUAUGUCCUAUCCAGACAUGCACUCAAUAUUGCUUCACUUUGUACUUUUACAGAAGGAAACAAAAAUACUAUUAUGAACUGCUCAAAUGUUCAUGGUGUUAGUACAUGAGUGAUUUUCAAGCGCCAAUCAAUUUCGGCCUGUCGAAAAUUUAGUGUUACCACAUUUUUUGCACCUUUGCAGUCAUUAAAAGCAUACUGCAGCAGAACAGAUUAAGAAUUUUCAAUAAGUCAGGAAGUUCUGUGAAAAUUACGAAAUGUAGAAUUCAUGUCUGAGCUCUCCACAAAAACAUAACAUCUGAUAUGUGAACAUCAACCAUUACAUGUCCAGCAAACUUGGAAAAUACCCAUCCAGCCACUUGUAUAACAUGCCUGAUGUAAAUCAUUGUCAGAAACAAUGGAAGAAGUUAACCGCUGCAUUAUAUACAGGCACAAUUAUGUUGUUAGGUUAAGCUAUUAGGCACACUAACAUUUGGUCAGUCACAUUAACAUUUGAUUAGGCGCAUUGAAUGAGGCAUGUGAACAUUAUGUGCCCAUGUGGUGCAUGCACAUACUUUUCUGUACUGCUUUAUAACAUUUUGCACGUUUUAGUGAACCUGCAGUUGUUACUCAGCACAUGUGUCUUUUCCACUUUGCCGUCUGUUCAUUUGCUAUUUCCAGACCGAAUUGGAAAGUUUACAUGCAAGAGCUUUUUUCUUUAUUUUUUUUUUUUUGUGAUGACGACCAAGGCUUUUGUGUAGGGGAACUAGAAGGCUGAUCUAGAUGGUGCUAGUUCGUUCUGCGAAAGUCAAAGAAAAAUUAUGAGGACCAACAAGAACCGUCGAAAGUUGCUGACCUUUGCUGGGGAGACAUGCAGUUUGAAUGCAGGCAUGCACGAAAAAAGCUUUAAGAAGUCUCUCUUGAUUUUUUUGCGAACUAUUUUUGCACAUGCACAUAAAAGUGAGAUGGGCAUCUUUCCUGUACAAGUUCGCUUCAGAGUCGGUAUUUGCAUUGUGUUCUUAUUUGACCUUCUCUUUCUUUUUCAUGCUAUGGUUGUUUUGUAACCAAAGGCUUAGAGAAAUGGCGUAGCCAGGAAUAUUUUUCGGGAGGGGAGGGGGGCAAGGUGUAGGCAGGUGUUUCCACAUGUCGUUUUAGGCUAGGUAUCCGUGGUUCAUGAGAUUUCAGGGGGGGGGGGG